AUGAAAAAAAGUAUUCUUUUUUUUUAACUAUACCAAAUUGAAUUAAUAUAAAAUAAACUAAAAAAAAAAUGUUGCGAAUCUCUGUGAAUAAUUGUUGCAGAUCGAUAUUAAAGUUAAACACUGUACAGUAUAAUACUACAUGCAGAUCAAUUCACCUUGUACGAAGAACUAGACAUACAAUUUCAAAAGAUGUAUGUCAUUUUGAUUCGAAUCGUUCUAAAUCUCACAUUUUAAAUGCCUUUUUUGUACGUUAUGCAAGUACAAACGAAACAGUUGUAAAUAAUGUGAAACAAGAACCAGAAUUAAUUCGAAUUGAUUGGACGAAUCAUGCGACUAACAACAACACUAAAGUAGAUGAAUUAUUUGAAAUACCAGAUAUACCACCUAUGCCUGUAGAAGAGGUUGUUGAAGUUGUUCAAAAAAUACAUCCUAAUGGCGAAAUAGCAUUUUCAAGUUUAGGAUUAGGUGGAUACAGUCCUAUUGGUCUUCUUCAAAGUUCAUUAGAAUGGAUGCAUAUUCAUUUGGAUUUACCUUGGUGGGGUACAAUAGUUUUAGGAACUGUAAUUGUUAGAACAUGCAUGUUUCCUUUGGUAAUAAAAUCACAAAGAUAUGCAGCCCUAAUGAGUAUAUAUUAUCCUCAAAUUACCAAAUUGCAAGAAAAAUUGUCAGAGGCAAGACUGAGCGGAGAUCACUAUAAUAGUGCUUUAUAUGCGAAUGAAUUAUAUCAAUACAUGAAAGAUAAAGGAUUGGGUCCUUGGAAAUCUAUGGGUCCUAUGCUUGUACAGGGUCCUUUAUUUCUCUGUUUUGUCUUGGGCUUAAGAAGAAUGGCCGAUUUACCAGUCCAAAGUCUUCAAACUGGUGGUCUGUGGUGGUUUACAGACUUGACUGCAGUAGAUCCUUAUUAUAUAUUACCUAUAAUAACAUCCGUUACAUUAGCCAUUACCAUUGAAGUUGGAACAGAUACAGCAGCAGCUUCGUCAAUGGGAUCAUUGAGAUAUGUUUUGCGUGCUAUACCAUUAAUUUCAUUACCUUUUGCAACACAAUUUUCUUCUGCUGUAUUAGUUUAUUGGGUGAUGUCCAACUUUUAUUCUUUAAUUCAAACUUCUAUGUUAAGAACUAAAUAUAUGAGGAAAGUGUUUAAUUUGCCAGAGAUAGUAAAACACAAACCUAAUGAUAUAAUUGCAAGGAAAGGAUUUAUUAAAGGAGUUAAAGAAUCUUGGCAAAAUAUGAGUAUAACAAAGCAGAUUGCUGACAGAGACAACGCAGAUGCGGUCCAAUUUAACAGAGCUGGAAGGGGUCCCAUAAUUAAAACAUAUUCAUAUGAUCCAACUAAGCAAAAGUUACAACCUAAAAUAAUGACUAAAAGUAAAUAAAUAAAUAAAUAAUAUUUCACUUAUUGAAAUAAUUGUUGU